AUGUCGCGCCCUCUCUCCCUCUUCAGCGUCCAGGCGAUUCUGGUGCUCGCAAUCGACGAUGGCUCCCGCAUCUUGACAAAGUACUACUCCAACCCGCACCCACCGACCGGCCAACAGAGCGACUACCCCGGCCAGAUUGCAUACAAGACGGUUAAGGACCAAAAGGCUUUCGAGAAGGGACUUCUGGAGAAGACAGCAAAGCAGACGACCGACAUUAUACUAUACGACCAGAAAGUCAUUGUGUUCAAGAUGGAGUCGGACGUAAUGUUGUAUGUAGUGGGAAGCGCCGAUGAGAACGAGGUUCUGCUCUACAGCGUUGUCCUCGCCCUGAGAGACUCGCUCAACAUCCUCCUCAAGAACUCGGUUGACAAGCGCACUGUUAUCGAAAACUACGACCUCGUGUCUCUCGCUAUCGACGAAUUGGUAGACGACGGCAUCAUCCUCGAGACCGACCCCGUCAUUGUCGCCUCGCGCGUUAGCAAGCCCCCGGCGCAAGACAUGACGUCGAUGAAGAACAUUGACCUUUCAGAACAAGGUUUCUUGAAUGCGUGGGAGUUUGGCAAGAGGCAGCUUGCAGAGAGGAUACGGCAGGGUCUAUGA